AUGCGAACGAGAACUUGUCUCACCAUAGAUACACGAUGUGUUUGUGAAGGGUACGUCAGAACCUCGAUCACUAUCAAACUCUACCUAAUAGUCAAACAAGUGCGUCAGUCAACAGUAGUCGAAUACUGUAAUGUGGAGAUCUGUCGCUAUCCCCGAUCAACCUGCUGCUAUAAUUUCAAGGUCACUACAUACAAUGGAAUCUUUGCCUGCCUUCCCGACCAAUUCUUCUACAAACACCACGAUGUCACGUAUAUGAUUUCCAUUUCUACUACGGAAAUAAGGAUUGAUAAAAUCGGUCUGGAAGAGUGCGCAAUAAACAGUUUUCUACUGUAA